UCGUAGCAAGUACUCCUCCAGUGACAGCGGAGCGCAGAAAACUUUGGAGCUUGGAGCAACUUUUCACCGUGGCCGUCGACUGAAACGUUGCCGUUCUGCUGAGUGCAAGGUGUGACACGGCGCCCAAUUCUACUUGUUUUUCGUGAUUGCUAGCGGACGCCAGGUUCCGUUUGUUCCUUUACUAAUUUUUUGGGCAGAAGGUUCCUAGCAAGUGUUCUGUCGCGUGCCUGAAAUCGAUAGUUAAUGCGUGUGGUCUGUGUUCCGUAGCAGAAUCCAGAGGUGUUGUACGAAUGGAGGAUUCCUUAAAGAUGUUCACCACGUAAUCAAGUCGGUCAUUGCCAAGAUCUCAAGAGUGCCAAGAAUUCUGAGACGAUUAGGCGUAGUCGUGGUUGGUUGGUGCCGGGACCGUUCAUUUGCCCAGCUCGAAAGUGCCGCGUUCUGGUUCAGUGGCGAAAGUCGUGUCGGUGUCGUUCUAGAUUGCCUUUCCCAAAAACGUUCUGUGACCGGAUUCCGCGACUUUGAAACCGUGGCUUGUGCCGCUUUCCAAGUGUGGUCUGAAUCGGAAGUAUCAAAUUCGAAUUCGCAAUGAACUCGACGAAUCCAACAACGGUGGCGGGUGGCGACGAGCCGGAUCGCGUCCCGAACACGGCCAUUGAGUUAUCAACCUCACCAAACUCCAAUGCACAUUCCAUCAGUCUCCCGCCGCCCAACCGUGCAAUGAACACCUCGAAACCGACCCCAGGCGACCAAGCUAAGGCAAACUGGGUGCAAUUCGAAGAAGACGACGAUGAACGGAAUCACGCACCGCCCGGAGUUGGGGCUGGGUCCCCACAGAACAUUGCGCUGCAGUCAGUAGCCGCCGGAACCCCCAACAGACUCGAGACAGUGACGACCGUACCGCAGAGACCUCAUUCACCUGCACAGAACAACAAGUCUUCCCCGUCACCACUACAAGACGUUGCACCUGCUGUUCUGGCAACUGAAAGUGUUCAUGUAAAUUUGAAUAAUAGCAGUAAUACUUCAGCUAGUCCACCGAAAAUUACCAAUACCACCACUACAAGUGGACCUACUCGUGUAAAUGCAUCUACCCAGAAAAAUGCAGCGGUAUCACCAAUUACAACCCCUCCUCCAGCUGCAUCUGACAUGAGUCAGAUGAGAACCAUUGAAUUGUCGACGGGUCGAGUGCGAGAAGGAUUCGCGAACGGAGAUGUUAUCGUUACUUUGUUACCAGUCAAUACAAAAUGGCCUUGGAUUACCCCUGCUGUGUUUCGUCCUGAACUUGUUCCAGAAGAGCUCAUGGCACAAGGGCUUACGUUGACCGUAGAAGAAUAUGUGAACGCCAUGGAGACUCUCGUGAACGACUACCGUUUCACUUUAUAUAAUGUUUGUUACAAACGGGUUCUCGUAUGUUGGAUAUUAUUCGCCUUCUGUGUCCUGCUGGCAUUACUCUUCUCAGGAUUGCAAGGAAUCGCACUAUUCUCAUUGGGUGUUGGUUGGCUAUUUCUCAAUGCUGCCGCCAUUUUUCUAUGCAUGUGGAUUAAAUUGAAAUUAUCACGAGGCUUGGAGAAGUGUUUGGCUCGUGUUAAUAAACAAUUGGCGCGACAUAAGAUUCUUUUAGUCCUGGAUGAUAGAGGACGAAUAUCUUGUCACAAAGUUAAUUUAUGUUUCCUGUAUUUCGAUCCAGCUCAAUGUGUUGCAUAUUUGAAUUCAUUUCUUGAUAGAAGCGAACAGAAUGGAACAACAAUUCAAGCAGGUUGGGAAGCGCGACUUGAUUUGGAUGUAAGCGAUAUUGUUAUACAGGGCAGUAAUCCGACAAGACUAUCACGAAAACAGGCAAUAGCACAAGAAAUUCUUUUGAGCUACUUACAACGUUGGGGUAAAGAUUUUCUAAGACGACGCCUAGAUUGGACUGUUAACGAGGAUGGUACACACGAGAUGCCUCGACAUUUAAUGUCAUCGAUAUGUCCUUGUCAAUAUGUUGAAGAGAUAUUAAAUAAUAAGAUAAAAGCACAAUUGAAACCAAAUUGUUGUGGCCUUAUUACAAUUUGUAAAGAUUUUUGCUGAUUGAUCCUAUCAUAUCAUAAUAUGGAAAUCGUUAAUUGUAAAAUUUUAUGAUAUUUUUCUAAGAUGUAUACAUGUUUGUUGAAAUUUUACAAUAGGAUUAAUCGAGAUGAAAGUGUUAAGUAGUUUCUUAUAAUGUGAGAGUAAUUUUUAAACCCUAUAUACUAUAUACAUACCUAUAUAUAUAUUACAUUUUAAAGACAUUUGAUAUGGGAAACAUUUCUAAGGGCAAACAAUGUUCUAUUGUAUAAGAGAGAUGAAUUAUUAAAUAUCAAGAUAUCUUUAUGAUAUAAUUAGCAGUGCGGAAUAUAUCUGUUGCAGUUAUGUGCCGUAUUUUAGAUAGUAACCUUAUGUAACUCGUACAUAUUUGUGGCAAAACCUUUCAAAAGACAUUUUAUCAUAUAACUGAUUCUUUUCUUAAUUUUUCAUUCACAUAUUCACGAGCAUCACAAGUUUCUCUAUUAUCUUAUCUCGUCCGAAAUUUUUUAUCAUCUUCACCUAAACUAUAAUUUUAAAUAUCAUCUCAAUUAUUAAUUACUGUAGCACUUUCACAAUCAUACCUGAUGGCUCUGAGAUGUUUUAGUAUAGUAAAGAGGGUGUCGUUCUCUCGAAAAUCAUUAGGACGUUUCAUUUCAAUUUGCGUAUGGUCGCAUGCAAUCAAUUAAAAUCUUUUUAGUCUAGUUGACAUUCUACCUUUGAUGGUUACAAAAAGUGGUAAAAAAUCCAUAAGCAUGCUUUUGUCGGAUAUCACUUUUAAUUCAUUGAAAUAUACAAGAUUAGACUAGUCAAACAUUAUAUUCAUAGGCAAGCAUUUUAACUAAUAGUUAUUGCAAUCAUCAGACGGUAAUGAGGGUUUACUUUUAGAUCUUUAACUUUUAAUAUACGUUUGAUAGUAUACGGAAUGUAAUUAAUAGUUGUUCAACUAAUUUUAUUGUCACUAAUAAUUUUAUUUCUAUAUUAGAUACUUAUUAUUAAUCAGAGUUACUAAAACUUA